CUAAGGCAAGUUGGUUGGAUUUCAUAGAUUUUCGUAAACAAAUCGAAAAAACUCCUGAUAAAUGGCCACAUGGACACAAAAUGAGCCGACAGGUGUCACCAAGCGCAGGCGUUGGAAUCUGGAAGAUCGUGCCUCCUUGAACAAAUUCAAGCAUCACAUCGCCGAGGAGGGAUGUCCCCAGAUGCAAUACGAUCUGGCCAAGGAACUGCUCGAUAAUGACAUAGAACCCAAUCUUGCCAAAGGUAAUCAGAACCAGAAGGCCGUCAAUUGGCUGGUAAGUGCCGCUCACAAUGGGCACGAGGAUGCGGCCAAGCUGCUCCGGCAGUGCUACAAUGAUGGCAGUGGCAUUACGGCGGAAAAUGCGGACGAAGUGCGUCGCUGUCUUGCAAUGACGGCUGGCGAACGGGCAGCGAGAAAAGCAGCCCGGGAGCUUUUUGCCUGCCUAUCAAAUGGCAAUGAGCACAUCACGCCCAAACAGUUGGAGCGCAAAAUGCGUCGCAUUUACAACCUGCAACGCAAGCGCCGUCGACGCGACGACGAUCGCUCCUCGUCGAGCAGCGAAGGGGAACAGGAACCUGAGUGCGAACCUCUCGAAGAUGUGUCCACAAUUGGCGUAGCCAACGUAGAGCGACGACGCCUCAUCACCGAGGCCCACCUGGUUUCGGCUGCUUCCAACUACAGUGCCGGACAAAUGCCCAGCGUCAAUGAUGCUCUCACGCUGUCCGUACCAGAUCCCAGAAGCCUGGACCAUGUCCCCUGCUUCUACCGCAUGAUAUUCCACCCGCUCAUCUUUUUCACCAUCUUUUACCACCGCCUGCUCAACUUGAUUGUGUCCAUACCCAACGUCCUACCGCUCAGUGUACGCUGCAGUGUGCUGUUGGCGCUCUCCUGUUGGAGCACCCGCCACAUGCUGCCCCUGGUCAGCUAUUACCUCAGUCUAGGCAUCAUGAUUUGGGCCACCUGUAAGAUGCUCAAGACGAAGCAACAGUUUAUCGACUUUCGCAUCUGGUCGGGACUGUUUCUCAGUUACGGGGAUCAAAAUAUUGAGGCGGACAUUGCAGAGCAACGUUUUCUGCGAAACAAUAUGAAGCCGUACCUGUACUACUUUUGUGCCUUCAUCUGCAACCUGAUAGUUUAUCCUUUGGUAACCGACGCUUGGUUGCCGCACUCGGAGCUGACCAUUGUAUCUGGAGCCUUCACUUUCCUCACCAUGGGCGUGUCCAUGUACGCCUCUUCCCACCUAUUGCCCGAUUGGUUAGUGAUCGUUUCCUUUGCCGUGAAUGUGCUCGCCAAGUAUCCGUAUGAAAUGGAUGAAGUUGUGUCCACCCGGUGGCGCUUUCUGGAUCUACGCGUACCCACCUUCUCGUCCUUUGUAAUUGGCAAUGGGAUCGAGUUCUGCCUGAAUUGCCGCACCGCCUUGUACCUAUUCAUUCCCGUUUUGCUGGUGAUGAUGGCGAAGCGCUCCCGCUGGCAUGGAGUCUACACUUACCUCAUCCCGCACUGUGUCACGCUCAGCUGGCUGCAAGUGUGCAUCGCCACCUCACAGAGUGCCACCAUGUUUGGAGUAAUGAGGGCUGCCCUCGGCCUGGCUGGAAUCGUCUUGUUCCUGCCACUUUUUGGGAUCGUAGCUCUUCUCGUGCCUGUCUUUGUGGCCAUCGAUAGUUUGGGACUUGCCAGUGAGGAACUGCGUUGGGGCAGUACGGUCCUCGCCUGCGGACUAGUUGUGAUGCUAUCCUGCGUCCUGGCCUUAAACCGAGCAACUCAGAAAUACAUCACCAUGCUGCAGCUUAUAAUGGCGGUUACCACAGCCUGCUUAUUGGUAUUUCCCUACAUGACGUCCAGUUUCAAGGACACGCCCCGGUUUAAUGCUAUGCCCAGGGUGGGGCUGCAUUCUCUAUCGGAAACGGAUACCCUGCAGUGGGAUCGAUUCCACGCUCUUUGUGCCCAACCCGUCUACGAGCAGCCCAACAAGAUCAAGGCGCAGCUGCGCUGCUCCCAUCUAAAUGGCAUGCCCGUGACCUGGGAGGGUACCAUCUCGAAAGUGGAGAUUUCGCGGGUGUCCAACAUGCUGGAAGAUGUCAUUGCCAACUAUCUGCCCUUGUGGCUGGGCAGAAUACUGCGAUGUGUGCACGGCGAAAAUAUGUCCCAGCACUUCAGGUGCGAUCCAAAAGUGGAUGCCCAGUGCGAGGAGUGGCGAAGCGUGAUAAAGACGCUGAAGGCGCAGAGCGGAAGUUGCACACUGCAGCGUUGGAAUCACUACGAGUACGAAGUGAUGGUAAAAGUGGGCAGUAAGACAAGCAGUCGUCUGCUGGGUCGUUCCACCUUCACCAACGUUAUCCUACGAGCUCAUCAUGACUUUGGAAACUUUACACAACUCCUCAGCGAAGGGGACAUAGUGCUGUUCUAUGGAACCCUGCACAACUCACGGCUUUUAGCGGACAACGUUCAGGUACAUCUGAAGACCAUCGAAUGCGUGGACUGCCAGUCACCGGAUUUGGGAACGGCGAGCAUAGAACGAGUGGUAGCUGCCUCGCCCAUGGAUGCUCGCCUCCAGGAUCUGAUGAGGGGUAUAAAGUAUUUGUUAAACGCUUUGUUGAAUCCCUUAAUAACAUUUAAAUAAGCUCGUUGCUAAAAAAAAAGACCCCAAGGAAAGCGAAUUUCUUCAUGCGCUCACCAAUAUCAAUUGGUCCCUAUUGGUAAAUAUGUAUGUAUUUAAAGUCCAAGAGGAUCUUCCUCUUUGUUAGCGUGGCAUUUAUAAUAUGAACGCUUUGUUGAUUGAAUGUAUUUAAGAAAUCAAUUAAAAUAGCCAAAAACAAAAAAAGGUUACCGAGUGGUAUCCACAGUUUUAAUGGUUCUUAAAA